AUGGCUGCACCCAAUUUUACUGCACUGAGUGCUUACCGGCAGAUUCUGCGCGCUACCCGGGUCGCAUUUAGAGCCGUUUCUGUGACUGUCAAAGGUACUAAUGCGGUAAACCUAGAUGACACACGAGUGAUGCUCGCUGCGCGUCAGGAGGCGCGUCGGAAUUUCGACCAGAACCGCCGUGUUGGCAUCGACAGUGGUAUGCAGAUCAACCACGCCAUCGAGGUGGCCAACAUCUUGCGACACAAUCUGGUGCAGGGCGCCCGGGAAGUUGGCGACGAGUCUGCCAAGUGGGAACUCCGGAUCCACGAGGAGAUCGAGCGCGGUGACAACGACUCCAUUAAAGUCGGUGACAAGAAUGUCAAGAUUCACAAAGCCUGCUCCUCCUAA